AUGUUGGACUCGAAAACAAUCUGGCGUCCAGCGCGCGGCUUCUAUUUCCUCCUGUUUUUUCUGCACGUCGCAUCUGGAGACAUGAGCUAUUCUUUUCCAGAGGAGACGAAACGUGGAUCAGUUAUUGGAAAUGUUGCCAAGGAUUUGGGGCUCGACAGGGCCGCGUUCUCCAACAGAAGAGCGCGCAUUGACACCGAUGGGACUGAUACACGUUACUGUGACAUAAACCUGCAUAACGGAGAGUUGGUCGUCGCGGACAGGAUUGACCGAGAGGGGCUUUGUGGAGAAAAGGCUUCGUGCAUCCUAAAGCAAGAGCUUGUGCUGGAGAAUCCUCUCGAGCUCCAUCGGAUUAAUCUACACAUUCAAGAUAUUAAUGAUAACUCCCCACAAUUUAAUGAAGAAUCGAUCAAUAUAGAAAUUCGAGAGUCGGCCGACCGGGGAGCUCGUUUUGUGAUUGAAGAGGCGCACGAUGCGGAUGUCGGACAGAAUUCAGUUCAACAGUACAGCCUAAAAAAUAAUGAUAAUUUCAUUUUGUCUGCUGAUGGAAACACAAUAGAGUUUGUUCUUGAAAAAGAGCUUGAUCGUGAAAAACAACAAGAGAUCAAUUUACUCCUCACAGCUUUAGAUGGAGGCUCUCCUCAGAAAUCAGGUACUGUCGUCAUACACGUCACUGUACUGGAUGCUAAUGAUAACGCCCCCGUGUUUAGCCAGGCCAUUUAUAAAGCCAGUCUGCCUGAAAACUCCCCUGUAGGUACUGUAGUGGUCACAGUGAGCGCUACUGAUGCAGACGAGGGUGUCAAUGGUGACGUCACUUAUGAAUUUGGACAUGUUACUGAUGAAGUGAAGAAGAUAUUUAGUAUUGACCGUAAAGUCGGUGAGAUACGAGUAAUUGGCAUUGUUGACUAUGAAACUACGACAUCAUUUGAAAUACGUAUUAAAGCAAAAGAUGGGUUAGGGCUUUCAUCAUAUGCUAAAAUAAUAAUUGCUAUCACUGAUGCAAAUGACAACGCACCUGUAGUCAAUUUAAAAUCCCUAACAAAUCCAAUAGCAGAGGACACCCCACCUGGUACAGAGGUGGGCAUCAUCAACGUGCAGGAUAGAGACUCUGAGGCUAACAGACAGGUCCGCUGCUCCAUUCAGCAACACGUCCCUUUUAAGUUGGUUCCUUCCAUUAAAAACUAUUAUUCUCUGGUGACCACAGGACAACUGGACCGUGAACUAGAGUCUGAUUACAACAUUACAAUCACUGCCACUGAUGAGGGCUCUCCACCUCUGUCCUCCUCUAAAACUGUCCAGCUGUCUGUAGCAGACAUCAACGACAACCCACCUGUGUUUGAGGAACAGUCCUACAGCGCUUAUGUGACUGAAAAUAACAAACCUGGCUCCACUUUAUGUUCCGUUACCGCUCGAGACCCCGACUGGAGACAAAACGGUACCGUGGUUUAUUCUCUGUUACCUGGGGAGGUGAACGGCGCCCCGGUGUCCUCCUAUCUCUCCGUUAACGGAGACACGGGGGUGAUGCACGCUGUGAGGUCGUUUGAUUAUGAACAGUUCAGGAGUUUUAAAGUGCACGUGAUGGCCAGAGACAACGGUUCUCCUCCGCUCAGCAGCAACGUGACCGUCAGUGUGUUCGUAUCGGAUGUGAAUGACAACUCUCCUCAGAUACUGUACCCCGCCCCGGAGGGCAACUCCUUCAUGACCGAGCUGGUCCCCAAAGCUGCACACGGAGGCUCUCUGGUGUCCAAAGUGAUCGCGGUGGACGCGGACUCCGGGCAGAACGCCUGGCUGUCCUAUCAUAUAGUCAAAUCCACUGAUCCGGGUAUUUUCACUAUCGGUCUCCACAGCGGAGAGAUCAGGACCAAGCGGGACAUUUCUGAGUCUGACAGCAUGAAACAGAACCUCAUGGUGUCGGUGAAGGAUAACGGACAGCCCUCUCUCUCUGCCACCUGCUCCAUGUAUUUACUUAUUUCUGAUAACUUGGCUGAGGUGCCAGAACUGAAGGAUAUUUCUUAUGACGAGAAGAACUCCAAACUGACCUCUUAUCUGAUCAUCGCGCUGGUGUCCGUCUCCACAUUUUUCCUGACCUUCAUCAUCAUCAUCCUGGGUGUGAGGUUCUGUCGCAGGAGUAAGCCCAGGCUGUUGUUUGAUGGAGCAGUUGCCAUCCCCAGCGCGUAUCUCCCUCCUAAUUACGCAGACGUUGACGGCACAGGAACUUUACGCAGCGCCUACAAUUAUGACGCGUACCUGACAACAGGUUCUCGAACCAGUGACUUUAAGUUUGUGAGUUCUUACAAUGACAACACACUGCCUGCUGACCAGACCCUGAGGAAAAGUCCAUCAGACUUCGCUGAUACGUUUGGAGACUGUGAUGAUUCUCCUGAGGUAUGAAAGCAGCCAACUUUUCUCUGUUUUUUCAUGCAAGUUCUCUCAGUUGCCUAUACUGGUUUCAACCAGAAUUUUAUUCUCACAGCUUCUCUCUGUCAUUGUUGCUGUUUUGCAAUUUAAUAAUCUUUAAAAAAAGAUUUUGGCAACAUUUCUUUAUACUUCAUGAGACGCUCUGAAUGAGCUUCAUUCUAUUUAUAACAUGAAUCACAUGUGUCUCCUGUGUGUCUUUUGUGCUAUUAGGAUUGAGGUUUUGUUUUUUGCAUGUCGUUUUUCUCAACUUAUGUUCUUCACUAAAAUACAGAGUGAGUUUCUUGAAGUCAGUCUAGAAAGGUCUUGUUGACAGAAUGAGGGACUUUUCCUCACAUGUUAUGCAGCUAGUUUUUGUCAAGAACAUUUUAGUAAUAGCUGUCUGAUGUUUUUUUGGGGAUUUAUUAUAGUGAUUGGUCUUGAAUGUUGUCUUUGCUAUGUUGCCAUAGUUGUUUUAACAUUUAUUAUUUUCUAUAGAAAGUGUUCUAUCAAAUGAAACUUAUAUAUUGUUGGUGCUGUAAUUGCAAGAGAGGUUUAUUCAAUUAAUUUUUUUAGAAAAGAGCAACAGUUGGUUCAAGAAUGUGUUGUUUUCAAUCGCCUUGAUUCACCUAUGCAGUGUUAUGCACGUUUUUAGACGUAUACUGGUGGUUUGUAAGAGUCAUGGC